CAUCAACGAAGUAUUUUAUCCCUCUCCAUUGAUUUGCGGUAUUUUUCUAUUUGUAUGCAUAUCUAGCUCAUUCUCAUUGUUUUCCUCUUCCGUUUCAAAAACAAUUCUUGUGGUGGUAUCGCUUCUAACCGUCAUCUCACUUCGUUGCCCGAGACUCAAACAUCGAUCUGCCACUUCGUCCCGGCAUCUGACGUCGCUUAUCUCGAUCGAGCGUUAUUGUAUCGACUCAGUCUCACGCCCUCAACAUAGAUCUCCUGUCUGAGUAUUUAGCUUGAUUUCAUUGCUGUUCUGCCGGAAAUUCUGGGUCUUGUCUUUGAUUCGUCUCAAGCGCUUAUCGAGUAUUCACCGGGUUCCGAGUCAUGGACACCUUGCUCACUGCCGACGUGGUCGCAAACUCUCCGCGAUUCCGGAGGAAGUCAAGUACAUUCGUGGAUGCCAUUCACGAUCUUCCAGAGAAGGUGGAGCUGGCACCAGCUCAACUCUACAGCACAGAGUCUGGAAGACUGUUCCACUCUGGCCGCAUUGUCAUCAUCACAGUAGGCUUGCCAGCUAGAGGGAAGACGCAUAUUUCCGUAGCUCUAGCACGCUACCUGCGAUGGCUUGGAGUUAAGACUCGAAUAUUUCAUCUCGGUGAUUAUAGACGUGCUACUAUCGGGCCAGGACAAGAUAUGCCCGAUGAUUACUUCUUUAUCAACGCAUCCGCCUCAUCAGUACUUUUACGACAGAAAAUUGUCAAAAAGUGCCGCGACGAUAUAGCACACUUCUUGAGCGAGGAAAAUGGCCAGAUAGCAAUUUAUGACGCCGUGAACCCGAUAGCCGCAGGGCGUCGUUCGCUCGCCAAGGAGUUUGCGAAGCAGAACAUAGAGACCCUCUUUAUAGAAUCCAAGUGCGACGACCCAAGAAUAAUAGAAGAAAAUGUUCGGCGUGUCAAGAUAUCUUCUCCCGAUUAUGUAGGAUGGAACGCCGACGAUGCGGUCAAGCACUACCUAGGCCGUAUAUCAGCGAGAAUUCCACAUGUUGAAACUAUGGAAGAGAAAGAUCUCAACUAUAUCAAGAUGAUCAAUGCUGGGGAACGCCUAAUUAUCAAUAAUCGCAGCUUCGGGUAUCUCUCGAACCGGAUUGUUUUUUAUCUUUUGAACUUGCACAUAAAAUCGAGACAUACAUACUUCGCUAGAGCCGGUAUUUCACUUGAUGCAAACUCUUACAAAGCAGACUCCUCUUUGUCGGAGCAGGGACGGGACUACGCGAAGAAAAUGACCGAAACGUUGCUUCAACACAGAGAGUCCGAGAGACAGGCCAUGAAAGACCAGGGAGUGUCAGAUGCUGUACUGAAACCAUUGACGGUGUGGACAUCAACACGACUCAGAACAGUCGAAACUGCCAAAUACCUGCACGAAAAGGGCUAUUCCGUGCGCCAAAGAUCGCAAUUGAGUCAACUUAACCCAGGGGUUUGCGAGGCGAUGUCUGAACAAAAAAUCAGACAGGAAUAUCCCGAAGAAGUAGCGAAGCACGAAAUGGAUCCUUAUCAUCAUCGCUAUCCUCGUGCAGAGUCAUAUCACGAUUUAGCUGUACGGCUAGAACCGAUUAUUCUUGAAUUAGAACGGGAGAAAAACGACCUACUCAUUAUAGCUCACGAGAGUGUGUUGAGAGUCUUGUACGGAUACUUGAUGGCGUGUAACGCUGCAGACAUCCCGUUUCUGUCGUUUCCUCGCAACGAAAUUAUCGAAAUUAUACCUGCCAGUUAUCAAAACGAAGCCCGAAGGAUACCCAUCCCAGGUCUACCAGAGGAAACAAUCCCGCCAUCUCCAGAAGAUAUAAAGAUCCCCGUACCUGCCAGUGGCUAUACAACACCAAAGGUGGGUUUGGGUAGCCCUAUUACAGGCUUAUCCACACCUCAAAGUGGAUUUAGAACUCCUCAAGAGCCCGAGAGGCUUACUCAGCAGCAUGUAGAGGAUGUGGUAUAGGCGUUGUUUACCAGCGGUUAUAAUUAUUAGCAUUCAAUCAUGUCUAUUCAUUCACCAAGCGUUGCACUUUCUCGGCUUUUUUGCUUUAUCAUAAAAAGAUAGACAUUCUCUUGACAAUAUACAUCAUUCAACCUCCACUGGACUAUCCUCCGUGGAGCGUGGAGAC